AUGGUCCAAGAGCUUGCCAGGUCCAAGAGCUUGCCUGGUCCAGGAGCUUGCCUGGUCCAGGAGCUUGCCUGGUCCAGGAGCUUGCCUGGUCCAGGAGCUGGCCUGGUCCACGAGCUUGCUUGGUCCAGGAGCUUGCCUGGCCAGGAGCUUGCCUGGUCUAGGAGCUUGCCUGGUCCAGGAGCUUGCCUGGUCCAGGAGCUUGCCUGGUCCAGGAGCCUGGUCCAGGAGCUUGCCUGGUCCACGAUAUUGCCUGUUCAGGAGCUUGCCUGGUCCAAGAGCUUGCGUGGUCCAGGAGCUUGCCCUUCCAUCACCCCGCCCCAUUCUCCCUCCUUCCAUCACCCCGCCCCAUUCUCCCGCCUUCCAUCAUCCCCCAUCACCCCGCCCCAUUCUCCCUCCUUCCAUCACCCCGCCCCAUUCUCCCUCCUUCCAUCACCCCGCCCCAUUCUCCCGCUUUCCAUCACCCCGCCCCAUUCUCCCACUUUCCAUCACCCCGCCCCAUUCUCCCGCUUUCCAUCACCCCGCCCUUUUCUCCCGCUUUCCAUCACCCCGCCGCAUUCUCCCGCUUUCCAUCACCCGCCGCAUUCUCCCGCUUUCCAUAACCCCGCCCCAAUCUGCCUCCUUCCAUCACCCCGCCCCAUUCUCCCUCCUUCCAUCACCCCGCCCCAUUCUCCCGCUUUCCAUCACCCCGCCCCAUUAUCCCGCUUUCCUUCACCCCGCCCCAUUCUCCCUCCUUCCAUCACCCCGCACCAUUCUCCCGUUUCCAUAACCCCGCCCCAUUCUCCCGCUUUCCAUCACCCCGCCCCAUUCUCCCGUUUUCCAUCACCCCGCCCCAUUCUCCCUCCUUCCAUCACCCCGCCCCAUUCUCCCUCCUUCCAUCACCCCGCCCCAUUCUCCCGCUUUCCAUCACCCCGCCCCAUUCUCCCGCUUUCCAUCACCCCGCCCCAUUCUCCCGCUUUCCUUCACCCCGCCCCAUUAUCCCUCCUUCCAUCACCCCGCCACAUUCUCCCGCUUUCCAUCACCCCGCCCCAUUCUCCCGCUUUCCAUCACCUCGCCCCAUUCUCCCUCCUUCCAUCACCCCGCCCCAUUCUCCCUCCUUCCAUCAUCCCGCCCCAUUCUCCCUCCUUCCAUCACCCCGCUCCAUUCUCCCGCCUUCCAUCACCCCCCAUCACCCCGCCCUAUUCUCCCUCCUUCCAUCACCCUGCCCCAUUCUCCCUCCUUCCAUCACCCCGCCCCAUUCUCCCGCAUUCCAUCACCCCGCCCCAUUCUCCCGCUUUCCUUUACCCCGCCCCAUUCUCCCGCUUUCCAUCACCCCUCCCCAUUCUACCGCUUUCCAUCACCCCGCCCCAUUCUCCCGCUUUCCAUCACCCCGCCCCAUUCUCCCGCUUUCCAUCACCCCGCCCCAUUCUCCCUCCUUUCAUCACCCCGCCCCAUUCUCCCUCCUUCCAUCACCCCGCCCCAUUCUCCCACUUUCCAUCACCCCGCCCCAUUCUCCCUCCUGCCAUCACCACGCCCCAUUCUCCCUCCUUCCAUCACCCCGCCCCAUUCUCUUUCUUUCCAUCACCCCGCCCCAUUUUCCCGCUUUCCAUCACCCGCCCCAUUCUCCCUCCUUCCAUCACCCCGCCCCAUUCUCCCUCCUUCCAUCUCCCCGCCCCAUUCUCCCGCUUUCCAUCACCCCGCCCCAUUCUCCCGCUUUCCCUCACCCCGCCCCAUUCUCCCGCUCUCCAUUACCCCGCCCCAUUCUCCCGCUUUCCAUCACCCCGCCCCAUUCUCCCGCUUUCCAUCACCCUGCCCCAUUCUCCCGCUUUCCAUCACCCCGCCCCAUUCUCCCGCUUUCCAUCACCCCGCCCCAUUCUCCCGCUUUCCAUCACCCCGCUCCAUUCUCCCGCCUUCCAUCACCCCGCCCCAUUCUCCCUCCUUCCAUCACCCCUCCCCAUUCUCCCGCCUUCCAUCACCCCACCCAAUUCUCCCGCUUUCCAUCACCCCGCCCCAUUCUCCCGCUUUCGAUCACCCCGCCCCAUUCUCCCGCUUUCCAUCACCCCGCCCCAUUCUCCCGCUUUCCAUCACCCCGCCCCAUUCUCUUACUUUCCAUCACCCCGCCCCAUUCUCCCUCCUUCCAUCACCCCGCCCCAUUCUCCCGCUUUCCAUCACCCCACCCCAUUCUCCCUCCUUCCAUCACCCCGCCCCAUUCUCCCUCCUUCCAUCACCCCGCCCCAUUCUCCUGCUUUCCAUCACCCCGCCCCAUUCUCCCUCCUUCCAUCACCCCGCCCCAUUCUCCCUCCUUCCAUCACCCGCCCCAUUCUCCCCCCUUCCAUCAUCCCGCCCCAUUCUCCCUCCUUCCAUCACCCCGCUCCAUUCUCCCGCCUUCCAUCACCCCCCAUCACCCCGCCCCAUUCUCCCUCCUUCCAUCACCCUGCCCCAUUCUCCCUCCUUCCAUCACCCCGCCCCAUUCUCCCGCAUUCCAUCACCCCGCCCCAUUCUCCCGCUUUCCUUUACCCCGCCCCAUUCUCCCGCUUUCCAUCACCCCUCCCCAUUCUCCCGCUUUCCAUCACCCCGCCCCAUUCUCCCGCUUUCCAUCACCCCGCCCCAUUCUCCCGCUUUCCAUCACCCCGCCCCAUUCUCCCUCCUUUCAUCACCCCGCCCCAUUCUCCCUCCUUCCAUCACCCCGCCCCAUUCUCCCGCUUUCCAUCACCCCGCCCCAUUCUCCCGCUUUCCAUCACCCCGCCCCAUUCUCCUGCUUUCCAUCACCCCGCCCCAUUCUCCCGCUUUCCAUCACCCCGCCCCAUUCUCCCGCUUUCCAUCACCCCGCCCUUUUCUCCCGCUUUCCAUCACCCUGCCCCAUUCUCCCGCCAUCCAACGACCCGAAUAUUGUUGCAUAUUUG